UCUCCACCCAUACUAACGUUGCGUAUAAACUGCAUGAGUUUGUGUGUACAUACACAUGUAAAAAUGAGACUUGCAGAAUAUAUUACUUAAGUUUUAAAAAAGUGAUUAUUAAAAUUUUUUAAUAAAUCAUAUGAUUUUAUGUAUAAUUUAAAAAAUUAAAUAUUUCCUUUCAUUAUAUGUAAUGUUUAUAAAAAAAAGUUCAACGCACGAAGCAGUCAAGAUGGCGAAGAGUCUUGCUGUGUUUAGAAAAUAAGUGGAAUUUGUAUUUUGACAGAUCGCUUUAAAGCUAUUGAGUCAUUUUCCCAAACUGAUAAUAUUUACAAGCAAGCGCAAGAAUAGACACGUCCGUAACCCUACGUCAUACACCAACAGAACGAUUACUUGAGUUUCUCCUACAAAUAAUAUACAUUACUAGACAUUCAAUACGGAAAACAACAUCACGGAUCUUUGUCAGAGAAAUUUUGACAAGCGGCCAUCCAGAAAAAUGGGAUUCCCCUGUGAUUGGCAAACAAAAAAACAGAAAGUGUCACAAAGAGGACAGUAUCUCUUAGAAACCGGACAAUGGUCCGAUUGCAAAUUUAUCGUCGGUCGAGAACCACACCAGCAGGUCCUCGAAGGACACAAGGUAUUCUUAGCCAUGUCGAGUCCUGUUUUUGAAGCUAUGUUUUAUGGAGGAAUGGCUGAGAAAAGUGAUCCGAUACCAAUUCGAGAUGUUCAACCAGAAGCUUUUAAAGCUCUUUUAGAAUAUAUUUAUACUGAUCGUGUGGAUUUGGGAUCAUUUGAAUUGGCUUGUGAAUUGUGUUAUUGUGCUAAAAAGUACAUGCUGCCUUUUCUUGUUGAAGAAUGUACAAAAUUUUUGUGGUCAGACUUGUCUCCAAAAAAAGCCUGCAGGGCUUAUGAAUUUGCCAAGCUUUUUGAAGAACCAGUAUUGAUGGAAAAAUGUUUGCAAAUAAUAUGCACAAAAACACUAGAUGUCUUCAAAGAAUCUAGUUGGGAUGAAAUAGAAAUAGGAACUCUUUUAACAGUUUUCGAGCAAAACGAUUUAAUAAUUUCUUCUGAGAUAGAAUUAUUUACUGCUCUAGAACGAUGGUCAAAAGCAGAAUGUGUGAGAAAGUCAUUGGAUCCCCUGGAUAAAAAAUCACAAAGAUCUGUUAUUGGCAAUUCUUUGACAAAAAUUAGAUUUCUAACAUUAACACCCCAAGAAUUUGCCGAAGGACCGGGACGAUCAAGUUUAUUGACGAAAGAAGAAGCUUUUGCAAUAUUAAUGAAUAUUUCUUCAAGCAACAGUGAAAUUUCUAUGCCUGAAGGCUUUUCCACAAAUACACAGAAAAGAUAUAACAAUAAGAUACAUCUAAAAACAGUUCCUAAGGUUCCUAUAAUUGAGUGGACAGCCAAACGCAUAUCAAACCUUGAAGAGUUGUAUCCCAAAUGCACAACUCCGUACAAGGUAGACAGCCCCUUUUUUUCCUUCAAUUUUCCCACAACGUCAAUGGGACGUUCAACACUUGUACCACUGACUGACGAUUUAGAUCAUCGAACCAGUUCAUUGAGAAGUGGCCCUUCAUCUUUAGCAUCAGGAGAACAUCCUUCAAUUAUUGCUUCUCAUACAGUUUUCGACAGAGAUGGAGUCAAAUAUUAUUGCACAAGAAAUGUUCUUACACCACUGGAUUGUGUCAAUACAAGCGUAUUGGAUUGUUCGGUCACAUUUACAGUGGAUAAAAAUAUUUGUGUCCUCGGUGUUCAAGUACCAACACAAAUACAAUUGACUAACCAAGGAAAUAUGUUUCCAAUGGAUUCUUCAUAUACAGAGGUUUUAUAUGCUCACCUCCUCGAUUCAGAUGGUUCACGAUUGACGUACACUCACUUUACUACUAAAGUUGACAGCGGUACUCUUGUUGAAAUUACUUUCAACCGUCCGGUUUACAUACAAAAGAAUAAGGUAUAUCGAGUCGGAGUGGUUUUCAACAAAGUUGGACGGUAUCCGAUGGGAAUUUGUUCUCAAAGUAUGAACUGUGAUACUGUUCUUUUCACAUUUGGAGCUGGUAAUGUAGACAAUAAUACUCGAGAUGGAUUAAUCAGAUCUAUUGUGUUUACUUAUCACUGAAAUUUUUUCAACUCAUAAAAAUAAAUCAGAAUGAAUUGUCAAAUUGUGAUAUAGAAGACGCAGUGUUGUAUAUGUUUAUAUUAGCCACAUACAUUUUUUGUGCGUGAAUUGUUAUUUGUCAAACUGAAGACAAUUUUAAAAAUACAUGUACAAAUUUGAAUACAUUUUAAUAUUAAAUAUUAAUUAUUAUAUUACAACACAAUAAUAUAGAUGUAUAAUUAUAAAAUUAGACAUUUAGCUUAUUUUCUAAGCAUUAGCCCAAGCAACAUGUAUGUUAUGCAUUACAGUGUCGUCCUCGAGAUAAUAUUGCAUGGAAUGAAAAAAGAAUACGUACGUAUUGUCAAAUUUAAAAUUGUACUUUUAAUAUGCCAUGCAAUAUUAAUUUUAAGUCAAGGUAAUGUACGACUAAAAAGUAACAUUAUUAUACAUUGCAUACAAAUAUUUUAUAUUAUAUUAAAGUCCAUUUAUUGUUGUUUAAACUAAUGCUUAGAAAAUAAACUAAAAACCGAAAUAUAUAUAAUUAUUAAUCAUAUUCGUAUAAGGGACUUUUAUUUAAGCACAAAUUAUAUUUUCUUGUUUAUGAAUUUGUAUUAUUAAUACAUGUAUAUUAUAUGUAUAAAUUAUUUUUAAUUGUAUAUAAAUUAAAUUACAAAAGAAAAAGAAAAGAAAACUUAAAAUGCCUAUUUAUAAACUAAUAAUAUAUAUUUAUAAAAAGUUAAAAAUUAUGAUGAAUUGAAUGAGUUUCUAUAAAAAUUUGAUUUGUGUGAUUUUUUUACCUACAUAAUAAUUAAGUUGAAAAUAUCUAUUGUAUAUAACAUUAAAUUCAUAGCUCGUUGAAGCAAUCAUAGAUGAUACAAAAAUAUAAAACUAAAACGUCAAGUAUUUCUUACAGUUGUUAGAUUUUGAUAUAUGUAUUAACGCUUUUAUGAUUUUUGUUAACAAAACUAAUACUACAGUAAUUAUAAAUACUAUUUAAUUUAUAGAAUAGAAAUAUUUCAUUCAAUAAAUAAGUAGCAAUUACUAUUUGGCAAUAGAAGAUUAAUCUGUAAGUCAAGGAAAUUGUAAAAAUUUUGUAAAACAAAAUGUAAUUUGUUUCUAGCUCCUACAUAAAUUGAGCUAGAACACAAAAAUUAGGUACAUAGUUGAGAAAAGCGAACACGUGAUUGAAUUGAUUAAUAUGCAUAUUUAAGAUUAACAAAGAAAAAUUAAAAGUUAACAACAGAAAAAAU